AUGGCACUGAAAAGAAUAACAAAGGAACUACAAGAUUUGAAUAAAGACCCCCCAACAAAUUGUUCUGCGGGGCCAAUUGGAGAUGACCUCUUUUUUUGGCAGGCCACAAUAAUGGGACCUGGCGACAGUCCCUAUGAAAAUGGGGUAUACUUCCUUAACAUAAAAUUUCCCCCCGACUAUCCGUUCAAGCCACCAAAAAUAAUCUUCACAACGAAAAUAUAUCAUCCUAAUAUAAAUACAUCCGGCGCCAUUUGUCUGGAUAUCUUGAAGGAUCAAUGGAGUCCUGCGUUAACAAUUUCAAAAGUGCUCUUAUCGAUAUCCUCAUUAUUAACUGAUCCUAAUGCUGAUGAUCCGUUAGUUCCAGAAAUUGCUCAUGUAUACAAAACAGACAGAACCAAAUAUCAUCAGACUGCAAAAGCUUGGACACAAAAAUAUGCUCAAUAA